AUGAAUAACAAUCAGUUUCACGAACUCUUCGGCUCGCAGUGGCCCCCGGACCAGCACGGAGGCCACUCGUCGGCCUCGACGAUGCUGCAUCAGCAGGGCAUGCCCCAGGGGAUGCAGUUGAAGCGCGAGCCCCACGAGGUCCAGGGGAUGCACGGCAUGAUGGACAUCACGUCAGGAUCGGUCGCGGACAGCACCUCCCCGCCCCCCAAUAGCGAGGGGAUGUUCGGGUCGUCGAUCUCUGGAAUGUUUAUGGACAAGAAAUCUGUCAACUCUAUAAGAGCUCAAAUCGAAAUCAUACCAUGCAAAGUGUGUGGAGACAAAUCAUCAGGCGUCCACUAUGGAGUGAUCACCUGCGAGGGAUGCAAAGGAUUCUUCAGACGCUCACAGAGCACAGUGGUGAACUAUCAGUGUCCACGGAACAAGGCGUGUGUGGUGGACCGCGUCAAUCGGAACAGAUGUCAGUACUGUCGCCUACAGAAGUGUCUUAAAUUGGGGAUGAGUCGCGAUGCUGUCAAAUUCGGGCGUAUGUCAAAAAAGCAACGCGAGAAAGUGCAAGAGGAGGUGAAAGCUGUGCAACUUCGCACCCAAAUUGAAGCCGCCCCAGACUCAGUGUAUGACUCACAACGACAGACGCCGAGCUCCAGCGACCAAUUCCACGGACAUUACAACGGCUACCCGGGCUACGGAUCGCCACUCUCGUCAUACGGUUACAACAACACAGCGCCAACCCUAACAUCGAACAUGAGCGGUUUGCACCAACAGCCACAACAACAGUACGAUGUGUCGGCGGACUAUGUCGACUCGACGACGUACGAACCGAAACAGACUGCCGGUUUUCUUGAAACAGAUUUUAUUGGCAACGACGAACAACAGAAAUCGACAAUCCGACCGACACCAACAACAACAUCAACAUCCACAUCAACAUCCACAAUCCGACCGGUCAGCGUCGACAACCGUCGGAUACAGGAGUUCGACAGAUACGAGGAGCGAAUACAGUCCCCUGCCUCCAUAUCCAGUGGCGUCAUUAAUAUUAAACAGGAGAUCAAACCUGAGACCUCCAUGGGAGUGGACAACCUGGUAGCCAGUUACGUGGAUUCGACGACGUACUUGCACAGCCCAUCGAACAUACAGCACAGCCCAAUGGAGAUACAAAACUCGGUGCUAGUGAGCCAGAAUUCCCUGGCCAGCGAGGAGUUGAGUCCAGACGAUAUGACAUCCAGCAGUCACAGAAUGCUGGAUCCUUUGAACAUGAAUAUCUCUGGUAUGGGGAUGGUGAAUCCAAACGCGGUGACGAGGAGACAGGGGACCAGCGCUAGCGAAGAUCUGCCGUCUGAAGGCGACCUGAGCAAGAUGCUGGUGAAGAGCUUAGCCGAAGCUCACGCAAACACAAAUCCAAAGCUGGAAUUUAUACACGAGAUGUUUAGAAAGCCACCGGAUGUGCCUAAGCUAUUAUUCUACAACUCAAUGACGUACGAGGAGAUGUGGCUGGACUGCGCAGACAAGCUGACAGCGAUGAUACAGAACAUCAUUGAGUUCGCAAAACUCAUUCCUGGCUUCAUGAAGCUGAGCCAAGACGAUCAAAUUUUACUGCUUAAGUCAGGUUCGUUCGAGCUGGCAAUCGUCCGUCUGUCACGACUGAUAGAUAUCAACAGAGAACAGGUGCUGUAUGGAGACGUCGUUCUACCCAUUCGGGAGUGCGUGCACGCACGUGACCCUCGAGACAUGGCCCUCGUAUCUGGAAUAUUUGACGUCGCAAAGUCGAUCGCGAGACUGAAGUUAACGGAGACUGAACUGGCUUUGUAUCAGAGCCUUGUGUUGUUGUGGCCAGAACGGCACAACGUCCGCGGCAACUCGGAGAUCCAAUGCUUAUUCAACAUGUCGAUGGCUGCGAUGCGUCACGAAAUCGAGACCAACCACGCCCCCAUCAAGGGUGACGUCACGGUUCUGGACACGCUGCUCGCCAAGAUACCCACCUUCAGAGAACUGUCGCUGAUGCACUUGGAGGCUCUUUGCCGCUUCAAAGCCGCACAUCCGCAUCACUCGUUCCCGGCUCUUUACAAGGAACUGUUCUCGCUAGACAACGUGCUAGACUACACGCACCAGUAA